AUGAACGAUGAGGAUCCUUCGUACUCCGACAAUUUUCUAUUGAACUUUCACAAUCAAGCUCAAGAUGAAAAGCAGACUGAAACCAAUUCACUGAAACUUUGGAACGAAGAACUUGCCAAGGAACAACUAUCUGUCAAAGAAUGGCAAGAUGCCUUUGCCCGCAACGGAUUGGCCGACUUUACCCCGCCCAUGUCAGCUGGACUCAAUUGUUUAAUGGUGGGAGCACCUGCGACUGAAGACAAUGGGACAAAGUUGCCGUGGGAGGAUGAAGCCGAAGCCACGAUAACACCAUUGAGAAUACCCGAGAAGACUAGCACGACAAAAGUGAUGGAUAUGAUUGACACUAUGCCCAUUGAAGAUGCCAUUGUGCUGUCCGACGAUUCAUCCAGAAAAGAGAAAUCAUCCAGCAGUAAUAUGAUUCUUUCCACUGAUGAGCCAUCCGACAUUAUCGUUUCGACAAGUCACUCAUCACCAAAAUCAUCAGCAUCUUCCAAGAAUAACCAAGCCACACUUUCCAAAGCUAGCCAGACACCAGCCGCCAGUUAUGAUUGCAUUGUUGAUCAUGGACUCUUGGAUUCCGUCGUUGCCCUGAGCUCAUCGGCUGAUGCUGAUAAAAAGCAAGGAGUAGUCCAAGAGUUGCUCGUCGAAGCCGCCACGGCCCUUCGAGAAUUUGGCAUCUAUGUCUACGUAUCGGCCGAACCUUUGUCAGUGGAAACGAGGCAAACCUUGCAAGAGGCAAGCGAAUUGGCUGGAUUGGAAUGGCAAUUUGAAUUGGAUGGGUUGUUGGAAUGUGGAGAAGUUGUCUCUGUGGCAAGACGAUACAACAAUGGAGUACUUCCAUCCGUCGGAAAGCUUUCGAGAUUUCAAGUUUGA